AUGACUCUCGAUUAUAUGCAGCCGCAUUCUGCUCUGGAAGUCGAAAUGAAAGAAGAGGAAGAGGAAGAUUAUGACGAGGAAGAGUUGAUGAUCGACGAGGACGAGGAUCAUUUCGAUGAAGACGUCGACUUGGAGAACAGCGACAGUUCUUCCUCACUGGUUGCUGGUUCUCCUCAUGGAUCUUCCUCCGGCUCCAACAGCAGUCAUUCUCCGUCUUUACAAGUGGAGAGUCCUUCCCGGAAUAGCAGUGGAUCUUCUCCGAGUCAAGGAUCUUCCCAUCCCGAGAAGAGGCACAUCUGCAACGUCUGCGGCAAGGGAUUCUCGUACUUUUCAAUUCUCGAAUCCCACAAAAGGUCACACACGGGGGAGAAACCCUAUGAUUGUCAUUUUUGCGAUAAGAAGUUUGCUCAAAAGGCAACACUGCAAGUGCAUGAAAGGACGCACACUGGAGAGAGACCGUAAGAGAGGAAGAGGAGUGACAGAGAUAAAUAUGUGAAAGUUGCAGGUACAAGUGCAGGUACUGCGAGAAGACGUUUGCGCAGUAUGGAACGAAGACGGUUCACGAGAAGAGCGCCCAUCUGGGAAUCCGAAACUAUAAGUGCCCCAAGUGUGACAAGUCCCUCUCCUCUCCUUCCGCCCUGUACACCCACAAAAAAACGCACGGAGACAAGACUUUCCGGGUGAGUAUUUUUUUGAAUAAAUAUUUAAGGUCAGUAUUUAAAAGUUGUUUUCAGUGUGAGUUCUGUCCAAAAACGUUUGCUCUCAAAAACUAUCUGAAGCUUCAUGUGAAGCAAGUGCACGAGCAGAACGAGCGGAAGCAUGUCUGCGUGUACUGCAAUAAAGGAUUCGCGUAUGCUGGAAGUCUACAGGUGAGCAAAAACAGAAAAGUUCCCAUCAGAACACGAUUUUGUGCAGGUUCAUGUGAGAACGCACACCGGAGAGCGUCCGUACACUUGUCGUUUCUGUCCGAAGGCUUUUGCCAGUCAGGGAAACCUUCAGUCUCACGAGAGAACGCACACUGGAGAGAGGCCCUAUUCAUGCCAAUACUGUCAGAGAACCUUUAUCCAGGUGAGCAUACUUACAGAUUUUUUCACACAGUCAAGACUUACAGAAGUCCCAACUGACCGCCCACGAAUCCACUCAUCUGACUCACAAACACGCGCCUGAUUCCACCACUGAUAUUCUGUCGUCAAGCGAGCAAAUGGGCAGCUACGAGUGCACAUUCUGCCACAAAAGAUAUCCGUAUGCCAGCAGUCUUUGCAUACACAUGCGGAAGCACACUGGAGAGAAGCCAGCGUAUGCCUCGUUUCUCCGUUCUCCCUUGACUUUCUUCAUUUUAGUUACUCGUGUGACGGAUGUGGAAAGCCGUACAAUCAAAAGAUCAGUCUCAAUAUUCAUCACAAUCAGUGCGAAGCGCACAAGAACAAGCUGAAACUUGAACAGAUGCGAAUUCAAAGUGCGGAAAGUGUCACUCAGUUCCCGUAAGUUCACCGAUCUCUCCAUUAAGACGUAUCUCGGGUGUUCAGGCACAACUGCGAAGGAUGCGGAACGAGCUGUGUGCAACGGAUCAGUCUCCAAAUACAUUUCAAUCAGUGCGAGGCUUACAAGAACCUACUUAAGAUACGCAUAUCAGUCCAACAGCCACAACAUCAGCAGCCAGUAAACAGUGAUUCCGAAUCGGACGCCGAAGUCAAGAUCUGUCCUCUUCCGAAUCCUCCGCUGACUCUUCCGCCGUCUCAACAACAGAUUCCUCCUCCAGUCAACAUUUAUGCACAACAAGGUGGGAAGAGAAAAUACACUGUGUUUAAUGAUCGUUUGAUAACAUUCAGCGCCGCCCACUUCUCUGGGCUCUAUUCUGGGCAACACCUCGUUGGCUUCUCAAUCUCUGAACUUCGGAUUGCCAUCUCUUUCUUCUCAGAAUGUGUUCUCUUCAUUGACUGCGCAUGCACCGUUCACUCCUGCUGAGGUAUUCCAGUUUCAGUCCAUCUUCUGCAUUUCCCAAUGUCUCAUUUCAGCUGCCAUCCACUGAGUUCUGUCCGCUGACUGCCUCGAAACCGCCAGCGAUCCAGCCGAACGAGGCCAUCUCAGCCUUCCACGCUCCUCAGAGAAAAAGCACUUCUUCGGAAGGCCCCUCUCUUCUCGCCAACGCUCAUCUUGGACCUCUGUCCUCGAGCAUUCUCUCCACCCAACUGUUGCUCCAGCAACUCCACUCCUCAGACCUCAACUACCUUCUCCAGCAGAACAUUCUCUCCUCUCUGGCUGCCGCAGUCAACCUUCCUUCCGCUCCUCCGCAACCAUCUAUCCCCCAAUUUCUGAUGCCGCCUGGCGCUAUGCCAAACGUGGCCGUUCAACCAAUUGUUUAA